CUUAAGCUAGCUAUUCUAGAAUCCAGUUGCUAGUAUCUUUCUUUACCUAUAAUUCCUUUGCCUUAUUUUCCAUAGUCUUUUUAUUCUUAUAGGUUUCUGUCCGUUAGACCAACGAUGACGGCACAAUCUUCUCCAAAACACGACUGCGAUAUUAUCAUAGUCGGCGCCGGCUUUUCCGGCAUCUUUCUCCUAUACCAUCUUCGUAAACUUGGGUAUCGGUGCAAGAUCUACGAGACAGCCCCAGAUAUCGGUGGGACCUGGUACUGGAAUACCUACCCGGGAGCCCGUGUAGAUUCGGAGGGCCGGAUCUACCAGCUCUCCAUCGCAGAGGCGUGGAAGGACUGGAAUUGGAAGACAAAGUUCCCCUCUCGUGAAGAGCUCCAGGCAUAUUUCCAGCAUCUGGAUAGAGUGCUCGAUAUCAAGAAGGAUGUCGAGUUCCGACGAAGAGUGAUUGGGGCGCAGUUCGAUCGGGAGAGCGCUCAAUGGACCGUUAAAACCGCGGAUGGAAAAUCCACUACUUCUCGAUUCUUUUUACCUUGUCCGGGAACGGGUGCAAAGCCAUACGUGCCUGAAUUUCCGGGUCUGGACACUUUUCAGGGCGUCGUUUGUCAUUCCACGGCCUGGCUGCGGGGCGGUGUUGAUGUCACAGGGAAGAAAGUCGCCGUUAUUGGCACUGGGUCGACUGGGGUUCAGAUCAUCCAGGAAUGGGCCAAGGAGGCUGGUAACUUGACUGUCUUUCAACGGACACCCAACGUGGCUCUGCCGAUGCGGCAGGAGAUAUGGACACCGGAGGAUCAAGCGUGUCUCCGAUCACAGUAUCCCCAGCUCUUCGAGGACCGAGAAAAAACGUUUAGUGGGUACAUAAACGAGUUCCAACCAAUUAAGAUGUCUGAGGCAUCGCCUGAAGAGCGGGAGGCCUUGUUUGAGUCCCUCUGGGAAAAGGGUGGAUUUGCUCUGAUACUCGAUAACUACAACGAUAUCUUGCUUGAUCCAGAUGUCAACCGUGAGGUAUAUGAGUUUUGGGUCAAGAAGUCCCGUGCGAGAAUAUCUGAUCCGAGAAAACAAGACCUUCUGGUACCGCUUCAACAGUUACACCCCUUGGGGGCAAAACGGUGUUCACUAGAGCAGGAUUACUUCGAGCAGUACAACCGGCCUAAUGUGGAUAUUGUGAACCUUCGCGAAGUGACAAUUGCGGAAAUCAAACCAACUGGUAUUGCUACCAGUGAUGGUUCUUUCUAUUCUGUGGAUGUCAUCGCCAUCGCUACGGGCUUUGACGCUGUGACCGGCAGCUUCACGGAAAUGGGUCUUCGCAACACCGAUGAUACGCCGCUGGCUGAAGAUUGGAAGGACGGCGUCCAUACGUACUUGGGCAUGACAAGCCACGGUUAUCCCAAUAUGUUCUUUAUCUAUGGGCCCCACGGACCCACGGCACUCAGUAAUGGGCCCACGUCAAUUGAGAUGCAGGGCCGGUGGGUCAUUGACGCGAUCCAAAAGAUCGACCAGAGCGAGCUGUCAUAUAUUGAGCCCACCGCCGAGGCGGAGCAGGAUUGGAAAGGGCUAGUGAAUCACAUCACAGAUAUGACGCUGAUUCCAAAGGCAAACUCAUGGUAUAUGGGUGCCAACAUUCCCGGUAAGAAGCGAGAGCAUUUGAAUUUUCCGGGCGGUCUGGAAUUGUACGAUCAGCAGUGUAGGCAGGCUUUGGAAGGCUGGAAUGGAUUCCAUACUGUGUAG